ACCCUUGCAGACAUGCUGUCAAAGUGACUCUCUCUCUCUCUCUCCCUCUCUCUCUCUCUGCUUUGCAGCUUGAAGUUGCAAACUGCGUAGGAGCAAGUGCUCUGUCUAUUCAUAGAAACCUAUGGAGUAGAGCAUCCAGAAGAAAUUCCACCAUCAGAACAAGAAAACUAAUCCUUUAUUUUUUAACUGACGUUCCGCCACUAGCAAAGGUACUUCUGUUGCAUUCCAUUUUUUAAGCAAGUGGGUGUCCGCCAAGCUGCUUGCCUGUGCCUUCCUGUAAUGAGCACGAAGGAAAUACAUAUCACAUAGAAAAGGACAAUGCUACAAACGAAUAUCUUCGUCCUUUUGUUGAUGAGCAACAUUGGCUAUGUUUUCAGUGGAGGCUAUGCUCCUUCAAAAUACGCGCGCCCAAUGAUUAAAGGCCCAGCUGGACCUCCUUUCAGGGAAGGCAAAGGACAAUAUAUAGAAAUUCCAGUGAUUCUACCUUCAGAUCUCAAGGGUGAAAAAGGUGCUCCAGGAAAGCCUGGGCCAAGAGGACCUCCUGGGUUACCGGGAAUACCAGGGAAACCAGGGAAUGGAAAACCAGGUCUUCAAGGACGGACUGGCCCACCGGGGGCACCAGGACUUUCAGGCUUUGGAAAACCAGGAAUGCCGGGACAAGCUGGUAAACCAGGCAUCAGAGGAAUUCCAGGACCUAAGGGUGAUAUAGGACCCAGAGGAGAUAUAGGACCCAGAGGCCUUCCUGGGCCUCCAGGAUUACCUGGGCCUUCGGGUUUUUCUGUCAUUGGUAAACCCGGAGCCCCAGGAGCUGCUGGAUCCCCAGGACUUAGAGCAGAGCCUGGUCUAAAGGGAGAACGUGGACCUCCAGGGGAUCGUGGUCCCAAAGGUGAGAAUGGAUAUGGGAAACCAGGCUCUCCAGGUCCAAGAGGUAAGGAAGGGGCACCAGGUAAACCUGGAAUACCAGGUCUACCUGGGAGAGGAAAGCCAGGAAUGAAUGGCUUGCCUGGUGGUCCCGGUGAGAAAGGUGAAGGAGGGCCUCAAGGCGAACCUGGCCCCCCAGGGCUACCUGGUCCUCAGGGGCCAUCAGGAAAGCCAGGACUGAAUGGUAUAGGGAAACCAGGUCAAAAUGGGUUAUCAGGUUUUCCAGGAUCUAAAGGUCAUAAAGGUGAGCCUGGACCACCUGGGGCUCGUGGUCUUCCUGGAGCUCCAGGGUAUGCAAAGCCCGGAAUAAAUGGACUUAAAGGUGAGCGAGGACCUCCUGGGAACCUAGGCGCUCCAGGAAUCAAUGGUGAACCAGGAAAAAAUGGCUUGAAUGGUGAACCUGGAGGUAAGGGCGAAACAGGGCCUCCAGGGCCUAUGGGCCCUAAGGGAUUAAUGGGAAAACCAGGUAUACCAGGUGGCAAAGGUGAAAUUGGUGUUGUUGGCCCACCAGGUUUGAAAGGAAUGCAAGGUGACCAGGGACAAAAUGGGUUACCUGGGAAAUCUGGAGUGCCUGGAGAGAGAGGUUUACCUGGACCCCCAGGAGCACCCGGUCAAUUUGGUCAAAAAGGAGAGGCUGGACGUACAGGUGUCCCUGGAGCACCAGGAUUAGCUGGUCCUGUAGGUCCCAAAGGAGAACCAGGACGGGAAGGACAACCAGGACCCAGGGGUUCUUCAGGAAUACCUGGUCUUCAGGGGCCUUCAGGGCCCAUAGGGCCAAUAGGUUUACCAGGUCCCAGAGGAGAACCAGGACCACCAGGUUUGCCAGGAAAUGGCAAAGUAGGUCAACCAGGAAUUACAGGACCAACAGGUCCACCUGGAAAUCCUGGCAUACCAGGCAUGUUGGGAAGCCAAGGUCCACCUGGGCUACCUGGGCCACCAGGCCCACCGGGGAUCAUCAUUAAUGGAGAAAUAACAGGUGUGGCUAGCCUUCAUGUAGAUGGAGCUGUGGACGGUGCAAAAAUACCAGGGGAUGGAAAACCUGGAAAACCACCUGGAAGAGGAGAAAUUUCUGCAAGGGUAGCUCCUGCUUUCACUGCAAUUCUGACAACACCAUUUCCACCAUCAGGGGCACCCAUUAAGUUUGAUAGGAUUUUGUAUAAUGGACAAAAUGGUUACAAUCCAGCAACUGGACUAUUCACAUGUCAAAUACCAGGUGUCUACUACUUUGCUUAUCAUGUGCAUAUCAAAGGAACCAAUAUAUGGGUGGCACUGUACAAGAAUAAUGUGCCUGCAACAUACACAUAUGAUGAAUAUAAGAAAGGAUACCUUGAUCAAGCAUCAGGAAGUGCUGUACUGGAACUUAAAGAGCAUGACCAAGUGUGGGUCCAGAUGCCUUCAGACCAAGCCAAUGGGUUAUAUUCCACUGAAUACAUCCAUUCCUCUUUCUCAGGAUUCCUACUCUGCCCAACAUAACGUUGAUCAACUUGAAUUAGCGGAUAUAUAUAUAUUGUGUAGCAAUAAACUAUCGAGAUGAACAAAGUUUCACUGGAAAAAGCACAAGUGUUAUUAUGUUGCUACAGUUUUCCAGUAUUUAAAAAAAGCCUUAAAAGCCUCUGGGUGAUAUCCAGCAUAGUAUAACAACCACACAUCAGACACUUCCCCAUAAGACUGCACAAGUCUCCAGCUUAUAUUGCAAUGGAUUUAAUGUGGAACUGUUGCUUUCAUAUGAGCAGUUAGAGGCAAAACUUAACUUCCUUUGCAAUGCAAGUCGAUAUGAUGUAUGUGAUACUUGUACUCCCUGUGCCUACUUUUGAGUAAUGUUCUACCUAAGGAUGCAUUUCUUGUUUUUACACAUUUAUACCAUUGACAGAAAAAAACUAUAUUACACGGUUGUAUUCCAGAUAUUAUAAUCAUACCUUUUGAAGUGCAAUACAUGUUAAGUGGUGUUCCAUUGUGAAUUCAGACAACUGUGUACACUGUAUACUGAGUGAGAAUUAAAACAUUGAAGCUUGGUAUAAUCACCACUGCAACUUGCUUGAAUUUUAAAUUUCAAAUUAACAUGUAGUGAUGACUAGUAAAAAAUCUAAGGUUAGGCGAUGUAGUGCAAAGUAAGUGUCUUUUUCGUACUGUUUAUAUUAUCUGUACUUUGCAUUAUCUUAAUGACCUGUGUUGUUACUGAGCUUCAACCUGGUUGAAAUUAAAAUGGUAAGGAACAUUGAACUAUACUGAAUCAAAAUCAACACAGUCUCUUGGACACAUGUAGCCCAGUUACUUACUAAUUUAAUUCAGUUUGCUGAUUCUGCUGGAGGACUGACACUUAUAAAUGCCACUAUUUUUCCAUUAUCAAAGACUGUGAAAUGUUUUGUCUUUCUCAAGCUCUACUCAAAUCCUUGUUGAUUAUGAUUGCCACAAGAAUUCCAACAUUAAGACGAGAGAAUGGUAACCCAAUAGCACCAAAAUAAAACAUGGCAAUUGUAAAAUCGGGUAAUGGAUCCUUAAAGGGGAUAUACAUUGCAGAUUCAAAAAGAUCUAGAGGUGGACCAUAGUGUUUCCUGUAGAAACUGUACUAUAUUUUAUCUCAUGUUGGAUUGGAUUAGUGCAGUUUCUUUGACAUUUUUGCAACAGUUGAGACUGUUUCUCACAGGGAGGUAUGACUGCAGUAGCUGUCACUUUAAACUUUCAGUCAGUGUUUCUUCUGAUUGUUACUUAGGUUUUAAAGAGACUUUAUAAUGUAAAAUGUUGUCAGAUCUCAUACAGCUGAAUAUUAUGUGCCACUCAAAAUGCCUACAAAUGUUGGUAAAUUCUCUGCAACUGAACCUUAGCUAGUUAAAGAUUAUUACAACUGAAUGACUUGUAUUAAUUAAUUUUCAAAUGCCUUACCUGUGCCUUUCUUUUGUAUUUUAAAAAUGUAGUAUCCUUCUUUGACCAAAUAAACCUUGAAGUUGGAUUCUUCAAGCACAAAUUAUGAAAAUUAUGAAAUUUUAACAGUAUUUUAAGAAGCAUUAACCCAUUUAUUUUAAGGGAUGAAUGUUUUCAAUAAAAUAGUAUUUAAAUAGCAAAGUAAUGCAUUAAUUGUUAUACGCUAUUAUUUAGCAAAAUUUAAAUCCAAGUGUGCAGUUGAAAGAACACAAACAAAAAUUACAUUACCAUAAUCUAGUCUUUUACAAAGUUGCUACCAGUUUUUCUUUCCUACCAUUGAAGUGCAAUAAUAAUACUGCCUAUUACUUAAACUACUUAAAGCUACUUUUUGACCCAGAAAUUCAGCAGCUUCCUUUUCUGGGUGCCUCAUCCCCAGAGUGCUUACAGCCUGCAUUCAACUAGGGAGGUCUCAGGAGCCUAGGAUUUUGGGCCUCUUUCCCUCAUUAUCAUUUUGAAGGCAUGGUGAUAGGAAUCCACACAGGUUUGUGUGCUAACGUUUGGGUAAGUGAUUGGCUCAACUCAAGGGGGAGGAGGAGUGUCUUGGGCUGCAGAUUACGAUGAGGGGGGGAGGCUAGGAGGUCAGAAAAGAACAUUGUGGGGGUUUGCAGUAAUGUUGGAGGGCCAUAGAGCACGAUUGGUGGGGUAGGGGCUAGGGUCGGGGUUGGGCCCAAGGGGAGUUGUCGGGAGGCCUGGAAAUCAGCCGGGAGUGAGGUUGGAAGUCUCAGGAUCAAGGCCAGCUGUGACUAAGAUGAGUUCUAACCUUUUUUUCAUUCCGUAAUGAGCAUUGGUCUUCCCAGAGGCAACCAACAAUUAUGCUAGUUGCUUCAGGUACAAGCCAAAGUUGCAAGAGGGAGCCUAAGCAGGCAUUAGGCCCCUAAUUUGCAUAUGUUAAUAGCCUGAUGCCAGCUUCUGACAUGGGUAAAGGAUGCCUUUUGUUUGGCCUUUGGCAAAGCGGCAUCCAACUUAGCCUGCACCAGAAUUUUGUAUGUGUGGCGUAGAGGCCAUUUUAGGCACAAAACGGCACUCAUAACACCAAAAACCGGGGCACUGUGGAGCAGAAUUUCUGACCCUUUAAUUUUAAUUGUUGGUGAUUGACUCUACAGAAUCAAAACAUGAUACAAAACCAUUGGUUAAUUAGGCUCUUCAUUGAAAAUGAUGCCCUGCCUGAAGUAUCCUGUACCGAGAACUUUACAACUGUUUUUUAUGGAACUACGUAGAUUCACUGUGCACAAAUUAUACUCUGUGAGAAAGGCAAUUGAAUUACCCCUUUUUAUAACCAAAUCAAAACUAAUUGAAUUGGAAAAUGCAAGGUAAAAUCCAGUUUCAAAAGAACAUGCUACUGACAAUAAUUGGCCCAGUCAUUAAAAUAUAAUUUUCAAAUCACAAGUACUGCAGUGAAAAUCAUGCAUCAUCUUAAUAACUGAUUGGAUAUCUUCGCUUUGAAGUGUUGUUAAAUGCAGAGGGACAUGCCAAAAUUUAUUUUAUAUCAAAAAAAUCCAUCAUCUAAAUUAAGCUGAUUUUCUUCCCAAACUAAACUGCUACAAUUAUUGUAAAAAAGUGCAAUGCGCACCUCCGCAUUCCUUAAUAAUGUCAAAAUAUACAAAUCAAAAUAUAUGAGAUAUCCACUAUUCAAAACAAAGGCAUAGGUCAAAGACUUAGAAAGAUUAACAGGUAUGAGUUUGUUAACACUAAUCUGGCUAUGCAUUUGCUAAUUUAGUGUCUAGAAGACAGCAUACUGACACCUUCGCUCUCUUACAAUAAAGUCAACACAAAUUCCAUCUGAAAAUUUCAACUAUACAUUGUAUUUCAUUAAUCUAUUGUCAAGUCAAAUGUCAACAUAACAAUUCCAGCGUGAUAAAAUUUCACUCCAGUGUUCAAUACUAUAUGCAACUUUUGAUGACCUGUUGUUUAUGCAUGAAAUCACAUUUCAAACCCGUGUGAUCCCAUGGUUUUUGUUAAUGGGUUGUUAAUUAUGGAGAAAAACAGACAUUCUCCCUUGUUUGUUGAAAUAAGAAUUUCACCUUCUAUAGCUAUCAUUGUCUGAUAUAGAAAGAUAGCUCUUUUGUAAAUACUUAUAUGCACUGUAAUAGUAACUGGUAAAAUGCACUCUUAUUUUAUUUGAAUUGAAAACCAGACACUUCUUUGAAAGCUAAACUAUUUGGUUGUAUUGAUACAACAUCAAUAAAAGAUUUCCUGAUGUAAAGAAAAA